AUGCUGACAUGGUUCAACGACCUGCUCCCGGAGCGACACCGACUCUCUGAGAGCCAGCUCAACGAUGUGUUCGAAGCCUACCAACACACCGUCACCUGCUUUAAUGUAAGCAUUUUCUGUGGUAUAUGAUUUUCUCAUUUUUAGGGUCUUCCCGGAGUCGGCAAAAGCCAAACAAUGGUAUUUAUCGCCAGUUAUAACUGGAUCUUCCUCCGGCGUACCACAGUGUGCUACUCCACUCGCAACAAUGCAGCGCUGGAAAUCACCAAGCGACAUACUGAUAAUUGCCCCGACUGGCCGCUAUGCUUACCUCAACCACCGUUUCCCGGACUGUGUCCUCUAGAUCAACCGCAAAUCCCCCAAAGCGUGCUCAUUAUUUUCCCGGCUAACUUAUAG